CAGACACAUACACACACACACACAGCCACUCUCCACACUCGUAAACGUUUGAGCAAAGAAAAUUUGUAAAAAUAUUUCAGUGGCGUCGAAGUGCCGAAAAAUCAAUAAUUAAAGCUAAAAACGUACGGAAAACACAUUAAAAUAACUUAAAAAUGUCGAUCGGUGUGCCCAUUAAGGUUUUACAUGAGGCCGAAGGCCACAUAAUCACUUGCGAGACUAUUACCGGCGAAGUUUACCGAGGCAAACUCAUCGAAGCCGAAGACAACAUGAAUUGCCAAAUGACACAGAUUACAGUCACCUACCGGGACGGACGCACGGGCAAUUUGGAGAAUGUCUACAUACGCGGCUCGAAAAUCCGUUUUCUGAUCCUUCCGGACAUGUUGAAGAACGCGCCGAUGUUCAAGAAACAGACCGGCAAGGGCCUGGGAGGGACGGCCGGCCGCGGCAAGGCGGCCAUUCUGCGUGCACAGGCUCGAGGUCGUGGCAGAGGCGGCCCUCCGGGCGGAGGACGAGGUAGCGGCGGUCCUCCUGGGGCUCCAGGCGGUGGAGGACGCGGAGCAUGGCAAGGCGGACCCACUGGCGGACGUGGACGCGGCGGUUUGUAAGGAUUGUAACUCAAGGAUUCGAACUACGCAUUCUUUCUAAUAUUUAAGAUGAGGGCGUUCUAUUAUUAGCGGGCGGGACGAAAUUAUUAAAAGGCAAAUAGAAACUUGAAUAUGAAAACCA